UUAUCUAUGCAGUGUCAGCCGUGCUAAGCAGUUGCUCGUCUCGGUCUGAAGGGGGCGGAAGUUGGUGUCGGUCACUUCCUGAUCCGGGGAAGCGCGUGCGCGUGUUUAUCCUCGGUCCUCAUCACAAUCUGCAAAUUACAAAGUUUGUUUUCAGACUGUGGUUCUGGAGGCUCCUGUGUUCUGGGUUUCUUGAACUCGUCAUGUUCUGCAGCCGCCAGAGUUUAGACUUAUAAAUAGAGGCUUUAAUAGGACGGACUAGAGUUUGGAUGUUCUCAACGCUGUAAAAACACUGUAAUUCCUCGAAGGCUGCAGGUCCAGCGGGAUUCGAACCAUGUCGGACGGACGGAUCUACGUGGGAAACCUUCCCAUGGACGUCCAGGAGAGGGACAUUGAGGAUCUCUUCUUCAAAUACGGAAAGAUUCGUGAUAUUGAGCUGAAGAACAACAGAGGCACCAUCCCGUUCGCCUUCGUGCGGUUUGAGGAUCCACGGGAUGCAGAGGACGCCGUCUUUGGGAGGAAUGGAUAUGGGUUUGGAGACUGUAAGCUGCGUGUGGAAUAUCCACGAUCUUCCGGAUCCAAGUUUAGUGGACCUGCGGGAGGAGGAGGAGGACCGCGGGGACGGUUUGGACCUCCAUCGCGCAGAUCUGAGUUUCGCGUUAUUGUGACGGGUCUUCCUCCCUCCGGCAGCUGGCAGGAUCUGAAGGACCACAUGCGGGAGGCUGGAGACGUGUGUUUCGCAGACGUGCAGCGUGACGGCGAGGGGGUGGUGGAGUUCUUGAGACGAGAGGACAUGGAGUACGCUCUGAGACGCCUGGACAGCACAGAGUUCAGAUCCCAUCAGGGAGAGACGUCCUUCAUCAGAGUGAUGGAGGAGCGGGACACAAGCUGGGGUCGCUCACGCUCCCGCUCCAGGUCUCGAGGACGAUACUCGCCCCCGUACCAGAGCAGAGGGUCCCCACCGCCCCGUUACCGAUCGCCCCCGCGUCACAUGACCCGUCAUAGCCCUCCGUCCCGCCGAGCGCCGCUGCAGCAUCACAGUCCUCUGCCGCGACACUAUCGAUGAGCGGCCUUC